CAUUCUGGCGCGGAGCGGAGCGGAGCGGCGGUGGGCGCAGCUAGUGGGUCGGGCGCGGAGCGGGGGUCAGCUUGGUUUACCCCCGACACCCCUCCCCCUCAGACGCGAGCCCCACCCCUCCGCCGGCCAGGCCCACCCGACCGAACUAUCCCCUGCGGCGCGAGCCCGGGGCGGCUCCGGGCGCCCCCCCAGCAGAACCCCCCACCAUGGGCAGCCAGAGCUCCAAGGCUCCCCGGGGCGACGUGACCGCCGAGGAGGCAGCAGGCGCUUCCCCCGCCAAGGUCAACGGACAGGAGAACGGCCACGUGAAAAGCAAUGGAGACUUAUCCCCCAAAGGUGAAGGGGAGUCGCCCCCCGUGAACGGAACAGAGGAGGCAGCAGGGGCCACUGGUGAUGCCAUCGAGCCAGCACCCCCUGGCCAGGGCGCUGAGGCUAAGGGGGAGGUGCCCCCCAAGGAGACCCCCAAGAAGAAGAAGAAAUUCUCUUUCAAGAAGCCUUUCAAGUUGAGUGGCCUGUCCUUCAAGAGAAAUCGGAAGGAGGGUGGGGGUGAUUCGUCUGCCUCCUCACCCACAGAGGAAGAGCAGGAGCAGGGGGAGAUCAGUGCCUGCGGCGAGGAGGGCACUGCCCAGGAAGGGAAGGCUGCUGCCACCCCCGAGAGCCAGGAGCCCCAGGCCAAAGGGGCAGAGGCCAGCGCUGCCGCCAAGGGAGGAGACACAGAAGAGGCAGGGCCCCAGGCCGCAGAGCCAUCCACUCCCUCGGGGCCAGAGAGUGACCCUGCACCAGCCAGCGAGCAGAAUGAGUAGCUGGGUGGGGGCAGGUGGGUGAUCUCUAAGCUGCAAAAACUGUGCUGUCCUUGUGAGGUCACUGCCUGGACCUGGUGCCCCGGCUGCCUUCCUGUCCCCAGAAAGGCAGGGGCUGUUGCCCCCUAGCCACGUUUCCUCUCCUUCUCUCCCUCCUGUGGAUUCUCCCAUCAUCCAUCUGGUCUUCCUCUUAAGGCCAGUUGAAGAUGGUCCCUUGCAGUUUUCCCAAGUUAGGUUAGUGAUGUGAAAUGCUCCUGCCCUUGGCCCUACCUCCUUCCCUGUCCCCACCUGUGCCGAAGGCAAUUGCUGGUUUUCUUCCCCGAUUCUUUUCCAAGUAGGUUUUGUUUACUCCCCAAAUCCCUGAGCCAGAUGUGGGGGUGCCUACACUCCCAAAACCCUGAGUGUCCAGCCUUCCCGUUGAGUUUUUAGUCUCUUGUGCUGUGCCUAGUGGCACCUGGGCUGGGGAGAACACUGCCCCGGUCUAGGUUUUUAUAAAUGUCUUACUCAAGUUCAAACCUCCAGCUUGUGAAUCAACCCGUGUCUCCUUUUUUGACUUGGUAAGCAAGUAUUAAGCUUUGGGGUGGGCGGGAGGUCUGUAAUGUGAAACAACUUCUUGUUGUCUUUUUUUCCCCCUCCCAUUGUUGUAAAUAACUUUUAAUGGCCAAACCCCAGAUUUGUACUUUUUUUUUUUUUCUAACUGCUAAAACCAUUCUCUUCCACCUGGUUUUACUGUAACAUUUGAAAAAGGAAUAAAUGUUGUCCCUUUAAAAAAAAAAAAA